GUUGUUAGGGCCAAGCCACCGCGAUGCCCUCCAGCUCUCUUCUAACCUGCGCGAGGCAACGCAGGUGCUCUUCACCAACCCUGAUGUAAGGCUCAUGCCCCCAGAUCCUGAUGAGUUCAUUGAUAUGCAGGAUCAUGGCGGCACAAUGAUGAAUAACGGAGGAUCGUCGGCUUCACUGGCCAGCGUUCCCAAUGCCCUCUCACGGUGGACAGAAGAGGCCCGGGUUUUAGAAGCAGAUUCCAUGCAUGACGCCGUUACGGUGGUCAAGCCUGCUCUGAUGGCAGUUUUGGAGAAAUACCGAGAUGCAGAACAGUCCGAGCGUGACAAGAAGAAGAAGGAGCAGGAGGCCAGCAAGCCACCGCCAGCCUCUACAGAGACCUCUCAAGCACCCCUUUUGCUCCUGCAAAGUGGUGACACUGAAAUGGGUGAAGCCACUGAGAACAACCAGACUGCAUCAGGAGAUCAGGAGCAAGCUAACCAAGAGACCACUGGUCAGGAUGCUGCCAUCUUGAGUACCGCUUCCAUUGCUGAGUCCAUCGUGGAGUCUGUCCUUGGUACCUCCUCUGGCCCCGUGACAACAACGGCUACCCCCAGCUUCUCUGGCUUGUUGACAUUGCUUUCUCCGGUAUCAUCUGGUGCACCUACACUGCCUCUGCAGGAACCCCCAGUAUCCUCCGUCCCAGCCAUUAGUGGAUCCCUAACGUCUGGUGUUCCUUCAGCCCCAGCAACGCCUCAGACAACCACUGUUAGCAGUCUGCCUCCAUUCCCCUCCCCUGCAACUUCUACCUCCACACCGACACUUGUAGCGCCAACCAACACUUCCUCUCUGGAGGUGGAGGCCACAUCAUCAACCCUCACAGUUAAUGACACGGAAAUGGUAGCGGCCUCCCCAUUACCAGCGACAGGGUCCACUCCAAUAUCUCAGGAUAACGUAGAGGCUCUGGCUGCCCAGGAAGAGACUCCGAUGUCAGUUAGUCCUCCGGAAUACCCCAGCCAGUCCCCUGAGCUGCUUGCCUCUUCGGGGGAUGCAGCCUCCACUCCUCCUUUACCUCAAGUUACUCCAAGGGAUGACUGGUAUGACCCAUCCAUGACAAUGCAGCAAGACCCCCCUCAGGAUCAAUCCGAGGACCAAGCUGGUGCACCGCCAGAACUUGCUAUGCCACCCGCAGCAGAGAGCAACACCGAAGGCAGGAGUGCAACCACGGGAAGUGAGAGCAAUGUGGCCGGCCCCUCGGGUUCAAACAGCAACAGGCCCGACUACUCUGCCAUCCUCGGAGACAUUGAAAUUCCUGAAGGUGUUGACCCCAGCUUUUUGGCUGCCUUACCAGAAGAGAUGAGACAAGAAGUCAUCGCUGAACAGCUUAGACUUCAACGUGUGAGACAGAGAGCCACAGAAAACACGAGGGAGAACAACAGUACGACUGUUGGUGAGGUGAAUCCAGAGUUCCUAGCAGCACUGCCCCCAAAUAUCCAGGAGGAGGUGCUGGCACAACAGCGCUUAGAGCAGCAACGGCAACAGGCAGCCAGAUCCAACCCAGACGAUCCAGUAGAUUCGGUGUCUUUCUUGCAAACACUCCCACCUUCUCUCAGACAAACGAUAUUGGCUGACCUUGAAGACUCACAGUUUGCUGCCUUACCACCUGAGUUGGCCCAGGAAGCUCAGACCCUGAGACGGCAGCGAGAGGAGCGCAACCGUCACGCACACGAGCACAUGUUCAGCAGGACCAACGCAUCAUUGUCAUCCAUCCUGCGCAAUACAGCGAGAAUGGGCUCCCGCCUCAUGCACUCCUCCAGCUGGUCCACAAGCUGGAAUCUGCGGCCAUCGUCCAGCGGGCAGCAGGCCUCCACCACGACCACCAAGCCAAGAGGAAGGCAGCUGCUAGACCACGAGGCUAUGACCUGCCUCCUGGUCCUGCUCUUUGUCGACGAGCCCAAGCUGAACACUGGCCGUCUGCACCGCGUGCUGCGUUACCUGUGCCACCAUGCCCCAACCAGGGAUUGGGUGAUUAAGGCCUUGCUCUCUAUCCUGGAGCGCUGCGGUGACCCAACUCUCAGCAGUAGUCGCUCUGCCGGACCCAGCACCGACCUCCCCAUGCCGAGCCUCCCUCCCAUAACGCCCGAACCAGCCAGCAAGUGUGGUGGCAAGAAGGGCACAGCAGGCGGGAGAGGGGACCAGGCACCCCUCUCCUCGACCCCUGUUUGGCGCAGUGAGUCCCGCUCCCCAGCUGCGCCCUCCUGGCUUAGCAUGAGCAUGGACGCAGCCUUAGGGUGCAGGGCGAGCAUCUUCCAAAUCCAUCGCACACAGCCCACAGGCAAACGCACAUCUGUGGCAUCCUUGACAACCGCUGUUAAUAUUCACCCCCAGGCUUCUCCUCUGGUGUGCAGACAUGCGCUUGACACGCUGAUCUCAUUGGCCAAAAGCUUCCCCAGCCACUUCUUGCCUCACCAAGGGAAAGAAACAGAUGACAGUAAAAGUGAUAGUAAAAAAUCGAGCAGUGGAAUGACCACAGGUGCUAUUAGCAAGAACUCUAAGGGUUCGUCCUCCUCUAGUCAGAGCAGUGAACCCACAGACUUUUGGGAGUUGCUGGUAAAGUUAGACUCAAUCAGUGUCUCGCGUAAGGGUAAGGGGCUGCCACGUACCCACUCCAGCGCGGGAGGGAACAGUGAGGAGGAACAGCGCGUGGCAAGUCUGGAAGCAUCGGCAUUGGGGCAGCUCAUACAGCAGCUGGCCCACCCCGUCAUCCGACGGUCAUCGCUCCUCACAGACAGGCUGCUGCGGCUGCUGGCCCUCAUCUCCUUAGGCCUCCCAGAAACAGCUGAUUCAGCCUCCACGCAAAACUCCAACACCACAACCCAGCACUCAGUCGAGAAUUCUCAAACCCUAGAACAUUUGUUGAAAUUAGCAAUUCAGGUCCUGACCAGUAAAUCCUGUUCCGAAGAAGGGUUGGAGGAUGCCACGGCUCUCCUCCUACACCUCUCGCAUGGCCCCCCUCCUGCAAGGGACCAGGUGUUGCGUCUCCUACUGCAAGGAGCUGCCACCUUAGGCUCUACUGUAGCUACACACAUCGCGGCUCUCCUCUCUGAUCUCCGAGCGUACAACGCCUCACACCCGAUGGCAAGUCACGAAGAUGAACACCAGCCUCACGUCACAGACAAGAGCAAGAAGGGCUUGUUGCAGGACAGAUUCACCAAUGAAUGUAUUAUCAUCAGUGGGGCGACCAAGGUGAAGCCUCCGUGUGAACUACAACUAGCUUCUAUGUCUGCCCUUACAAGCAAAACCUCCUCUCAGGCGUUCUUCCUUCGUACCCUAAAGGUCAUCAUACAAUUAAGAGAUGCAAUAAGAUUAUCACGCACCAGAAGAAAUGCUCCUCAGAGCAAUAACACCAGUGAAAGGCCAACCAGUGGUGGCCAGGACGCAGCAAGUAAUCAAGAACCAACAGAGGGCACUGGAGAAGACCAGACAGCUGCCAGCAACAACCAGGAACAGUCGGAUGCAGCAGCUAGCCAGGACAUCACAGAAACUCCAUCAAGAACAGACACAGCGAGUAGCAGAGACCAGCUGGAGGAGAACCAGCAGUCGCAGCAGCAGGCACAAGAGAGAAGUGUUGAACCUGCUGUGUCAAUAGAUGUACCCAACCCAGAGGCAGACAAUGCUGCCAAUGCAUCAGCCACACCACAGGAGGAGGCAACGCAGCCCACUGCUGAAGCCAUGGAUGUCGAUAAUGAGACAACAGAAACCACAGAGCUUGGUAGCUUAAGCAGUCAGCUGAACUUGGACGAGCUCUGGUCAACACUUUCCGAGUGCCUAGUGGAGUUAGGGGAGACCCCAGACACCCAUGCUGUGCUAGUCCUGCAGCCUGCAGUUGAGGCCUUCUUCUUAGUCCACGCUUCAGGGGCUUCAGGGGACAGGCGCGAGAGGACUACCACGCAGACUGAAUCACGGGAGGCACAGCUGGCUCACCUGCAUCAUGAGAUUGCUCCUCUCUCUCCACUGCCUUCUGUUCCUACAGAUGAUGGAGAAGGAGCAUCCAGUCAGGCGGGUGCAAGAAAACGAGAAAAUUCCACGUCACAGUCAGAUUACAGUCCUGGUGAUACAGAGAAGUUCCUUAAAUUUGCAGAGACACAUCGCACAGUCCUCAACCAAAUUCUUAGACAGUCGACAGUUCACCUUGCUGACGGUCCAUUCAGUGUUCUUGUGGAUCACACUCGCCUUUUAGAUUUUGAUAUUAAGCGCAAGUACUUCAGAACCGAAUUAGAGCGCGCUGACGAUGGUAUGCGCCGAGAAGAUCUAGCUGUGCACGUACGCAGGGAGCACGUCUUUGAAGAUUCCUUUAGAGAGCUGCAUAGACGGUCCCCUGAUGAGUGGAAGAAUAGAUUUUACAUUGUGUUUGAAGGAGAGGAAGGCCAGGAUGCUGGCGGCCUGCUGAGGGAAUGGUACAUGAUCAUCUCUCGGGAAAUCUUCAACCCCAUGUAUGCCUUGUUCUGCACUUCCCCGGGAGACCGCGUGACCUACAUGAUCAACCCGGCCUCUCAUUGUAACUCGAACCAUCUCUCGUACUUCAAAUUUGUCGGACGUGUUAUUGCCAAGGCCAUCUAUGACAACAAGCUCCUAGAGUGCUACUUCACGAGGUCAUUCUACAAGCACAUCCUGGGAAAAAUGGUCCGUGUGGGAGACAUGGAGAGCGAGGAUUAUUCCUUCUACCAGGGGCUUAUAUAUUUACUGGAGCACAAUGUGGCCGAUUUGGGCUACGAGUUGACGUUCAGCACAGAGGUACAAGAGUUUGGUGUGACAGAAGUAAGAGAUCUCAAACCAAAUGGAAGAAAUAUAGCUGUGACGGAAGAGACGAAGAUGGAGUACAUACGCCUGGUCUGCCAGAUGAAGAUGACCGGAGCAAUUAGGAAACAACUGAACGCCUUCCUGGAGGGCUUUUAUGACAUUAUUCCCAAGCGCCUCAUAUCAAUCUUCAACGAGCAAGAAUUGGAGCUCCUCAUAUCCGGCCUACCAACCAUUGACAUCGAUGAUCUCCGGGCGAAUACAGAAUAUCAUAAAUAUCAACCCAACUCAUUGCAGAUUCAGUGGUUCUGGCGAGCACUACGCUCCUUUGACCAGGCAGAACGAGCCAAAUUCCUCCAGUUUGUGACGGGAACCAGCAAAGUUCCGCUACAAGGCUUUGUGGCCCUGGAAGGCAUGAAUGGCACCCAGAAGUUCCAGAUUCAUCGGGACGACCGAUCGACGGACAGGCUGCCUUCUGCUCACACUUGUUUCAACCAAUUGGACCUGCCAGUGUAUGAGACAUAUGACAAGCUGCGCCACUAUCUCCUGAAGGCCAUCCAUGAAUGUUCGGAGGGCUUUGGAUUCGCAUAAGCAGUCAUAGCUCUUCCAUUACCCAACCAGUGACUUUUUAGUACACGUUGAAAAGUUUCCAGACUUAUCUGCACAGUGGGAGCUCCAGGUUACUCACGAACACCCCUUGGAAAACCGGAACCUUAUCAAGCACAAGUACAACCGUGGUACAUAUUGAGACACCUGAUAUCUUCACAUGAGGUUCUGAUAAUUUUGUGGUUGGAUUGAAGCACGCGUGUUUAAAUGUUGAUCUUCUAGAAGAUGUUAUGACAGUGUUUAUAAGUAUUCUUCGAAGGGGAAGAUGGACACCGCUCCAGAGGACCAUGAUUUGGAGCUUCUCGAGAUAAAUUGUUAAUGGAAAGGCACCGAAAGCUUGACAUGUUUAUAGCAUAGUAUAGUGUAUAUUAUAAUGAGAUAUACAUAUUGUAGUUGAAAAUGUCCUCCUCUUUUUUUUUCUUUUUUUUUUCUUUUUUUCUUUCAAUUUUGUAUUUUGUCUUGUUUGAGUGGAUUUAUCACUAUGUAUUAUGUGCACAGAUAUUAAUGAAAGAGAUAUUUUGAGCAGCUUCAGAUAUUUUGUAAGCAAACAUUCAACCCUCUAGCAGUUGCUAAAAAUGUGAUAGAUUACCAGGUUUUCAUCCUUGAUAUGAUGAACCCUUUCCCCCGACCCAACCAUUCUUACCCCAAAAGCGAAUCCUGACCCCAGUCGGUUUAUUUCUUCACUGCCUGCCGAGCAUAUUCUAUGAGUAAGCCAUUCCCAUUCUCCUCCCCUCCCUCCCUUCCCCUCAUUUCCUUCCUUUCCUGAGCCUGCAUUCCCAUAUAACAUUUACCAACCCCUAUUAUUAAUCACAUAGCAGCCUGUGCCUAGCUUGCCCAUCUGUAACCACUGUUCUGUUUAGUUACUUAGCCUCACCUGGGUCAACCCUCAAACCAGAGCAAGCACUGGAGAUUUUGAGACCCGUGAUUUGUUUUACUUUGGAAGGAAUCCCCAGUUUAAAAAAAUAAUAAUGAUGAUAAAUAGGAAGGGACCCAAAGACGUGGCCACGCAGUCUCGGGUUUGUGAAAUUAUGCAAGAGGCUGCAGUGCUGACGAUCCCUCCUUGUUCUGUUCCAACUUGAUACGUUUGACCUUGUUAAAGACAUUUACCUUCCACUAGUAUUAUGAUCACUGUGCUGUAUAUUCUGGCCUCACUACUGCUGUACAUAUAAGUAAAAGAAAUACACUGGUAUAUCUAAUGUGAUAAAUUUUACAUUAAGGGCUGUCAUAGAUUGCUACAAAGACGUUGGUGAUAAGCAGGAGGAGACGAGAGAUGAACAUGUUGAAAGCAUGUGAAGUAAGUGUGUUUACUGGGUUUCCAUGUUUUAAAAAAAAGAUAAUAUACGGUGAAAGAUUUUAUAUUGAUUAUUAUUUUGGAAAUUCCAAGCACUACCACUUCUCCACUAUAAUAGUAAACUGGACGAUUAUUAAGAGGAAUGCAUCUUUUCUUCAGAAUGAAUGACCUGCUAACAGUCAGCCACUGUGUCAAUUCUGGCAAAACAAAAGCAUUGUUAUUUGAUUGUUUGUGUACAUUGUGAACUGAGUAAUACAGUGAGAAUCAUGUUUUGUGAAAGCCAAGAGUUGGCAUUUUCUGUUGUUAGUGAAGUGUUUCUUGCCAGGGCUUUGGAAGACGUGUAAAGUAUGUCAUACUAAGUAAAUGUAUACAAAUAGAUAGUGAUCCUAUAUUUACUUUAUUAUGGGUUGAUAUUUUUGUUGUUUUUUUGUCUUUUUUUUAUCUGAAAUUUAGUCAUUGAUUGAGUUUAUUAAUUUAUCAUUCAGCCCAGAUGUUACAUAAAGUGUAUUUUAUCACAUGUGCAACAAUCGUUCUUCUACUUUAACAAGUUGGCAUUAAAAUACACAGUAUUAAAUAACUUUUUUUUUUUAUUUAUUUAACCUAUAAUCGGUUGUGCAGUGUACGAGGAGAUCUCUUCUCUUCCUUUUUGCGGAUGAAUAUGGGAAUGUCUUAGAUUCGAUUGAAAUCAAGUUAUUAUUAUUAUUUUUUUAAUCUAUUUGUCUUUUAAGUUCACCAUCAGAAUGUCAGUUUGCUGGAGAAAUAUACAUUUUUUCCUUGUUUUUCUUUUAGAUGUGAAGGAACGGGCAUAUGAAAGGAAUGCUGUUUCAAUUUUGAGACUGUUCUGUAAGUCUGCUAUGAUAAACACUCCAUCUGGUCAUUCAUAUUAAUACUAGAUUCCACUAUACAAAACAAAAUAUUCAUAGUAAUGUCUUUGUAUUCUGUAACAAAAUCAUAAAUUUAAAAAUGUAACUCA